CACAAAUUUCCGCCUAAACAAAACAUUUUUCUCAAAAUAUCAAAAACCCUUAUUGCGUCUCUCUCUUUCUUUCUCAUGAAAAUCCCAUUUCUCAGGUAAAUCCAGAAACCAUUUCUCAGAUAAUUGAUAAAUCAAAAUCCCUUUCUCAGAUAAUCUAUUUUCCAAGAGUACGUCUAUGAAGAAAGCUUUACUCAAGAGGCUCAAUUGGCUUCUUCUCUUGCUUUGAAGUCUCCUAGUGAAUAUCGUCAAUGCCUUUUAUCCUUCGUUCGGUUUUUAGCAAGUGGAGUUACGUUUAGGGCAAAUUGAUUACUCAAUAAGCGUCUGUGAUAGAGAAAUUGAAUUUUGGGGGUGAAUUUGGUGAUUGUUAAGGAAAUUGAAAAUCAGGGAUUGAAGAAGAAGCUUGUUAAGGAAGGUGAAGGUUGGGAUACUCCUGAAGCUGGUGAUGAAGUUGAUUGAAGGAACACCUUGAUUAUGAUAUUGUGAAAAGCAGUAAUCCGGAAUUUAAAAAUUCUACCGUGAGGAUCAACAUCUCUAAGCAGCGUAGACAAACAAUUCAGGUUAGUAAUAUGGGGGAGGAGUUGUAUCACGAUUAUGACUUUUCAUCAAGCGUAAUCUUACAGUGAAUAAUCCUGGAAUCUGAUUUCACUCUCUUUCCUAAACUUUCUGCAUCUUCUGUUGUUCCUAAACACACUACUGGAAAUUACCCCUAUGAAUUCUGGGAUCAACUUUGAUGCAUACGAGGAUAUUCCUGUGGAGACGAUUGGGCAAAAUGUACCCCCUCCUGUGAACACUUUUCUUGAGAUUGAUUUAGGUAAAGCUGUCAACCAAAAUAUUAGGAGAUGCAAAUAUGUUAAACCACCCCCUGUGCAAAGGCAUGCUAUGGCAAUUGCACAUGCUGGUAGAGAUUUGAUGGCUUGUGCUCAGACUGUUUCUGGAAAAACAGCUGCUUUCUGUUUUCCCAUCAUAAGUGGAAUAAUGAGGGUCCAAUUCCCAAGACCUCCACGUUCGCGUGUGGCAUUUCCGCUGGCUCUUAUUCUUUCUCUGACAAGGGAGCUCUCAUGCCAAAUUCAUGAUGAAGCUAAGAAAUUUGCAUAUCAGACUGGUGUCAGGGUUGUUGUUGCUUAUGGUCCUAUAAACCAACGGCUUCGAGAGCUAGAGAGGAGUGCUAUUCUUGUGGCAACACCUGGACAGUUAGUUGAUUUACUUGAGAGAGCUAGAGUCUCGUUACAGAUGAUAAGGUACUUGGCUCUAGAUGAGGCAGAUCGAAUGCUUGAUAUGGGUUUCGAACCUCUAAGGAAAAUUGUGCAACAAAUGGACAUGCCUCCACCAGGUGUAAGACAGACAAUGCUAUUCAGGGCCACUUUUCCCAGAGAGAUUCAGAGACUGGCAUUGGAUUUUCUUUCAAACUAUAUCUUUUUGGCUGUGGGAAGGGUUGGCUCUAGUACUGAUCUGAUUAUUCAGCAAGUUGAAUAUGUUCAGGAGACUGACAAGAGAAGCCACUUGAUGGAUCUCCUUCAUGCACAGAAGGCAAAUGGUGCUCAUGGCAAGCAAGCUCUUACCCUUGUUUUUGUUGAGACGAAAAAAGCUGAUUCAUUGGAGCAUUGGCUUUGUAUGAACGGUUUCCCUGCUACUGCUAUUCAUGGCGAUAGAACUCAGCAGGAAAGAGAAUACGCCCUGAGAUCCUUCAAAAGUGGUAAUACACCAAUUUUAGUUGCAACGGAUGUGGCAGCACGUGGUCUUGAUAUACCCCAUGUUGCUCAUCAUGUCAACUUUGACAUUCCAAAUGACAUUGAUGAUUAUGUCCACCGUAUUGGAAGAACAGGGCAAGCAGGAAAAUCAAGUUUAGCCACGACCUUCUUUAACGAGAACACUUUUUCAGUGGCAAGAGCACUGGCUGAUUCGAUGCAAGAAGCAAACCAAAAAGUACCUACUACAUUUUGAAGAGUCCAAGCGAUUCGAACUUGCUAGUAUGUAAAAACUUAACUAAUCAUUUGGACUUGAUUACAUUUUACUUUUGGGUUUAAAUUAUUAGUUUGUUGCAUAUUUUGAAUUAUGAGAUUAUUAAUGAAUGAUUUUGUUUUGU